UGUAGACGGUAGACGCACCGCGAAGGGAAAUAGAAGAACAUUCUUUGUUAUGAAGAGUGGGUUGCUUACAUGAAGGCCACUAACAUCGUUGGGACGGAGUUUUUAUUGUGAGGUGGAGUAAGAUGGAGGACGCCUACACGACUCUGUACCAGGAGUUCCUGCGGCUGCGCUCCAUCUGUUUAAAACAGGCCGCCAUGCUCCAGCACCUCACAGGAGCCCUCCAUCAGCAAGGUCACAAUGGAGACUCGGACAACCUGGCGUCCAUGUCAGUCCCGUGUUCACAAGACGAUCUGAUCAACUUCUGCUCUGACGCCCAACUGUUGCUUCGUAGACAACCUCUGGAUCAGUCUGCUGAACCUAACGCUGCCCAUGGAGGGAGCCGCGUGACCACAGACUUGCUGACCUCCAGAGUGGACCAGCUCCACCUGUCCCACCCUCACCUGUCCCAGCUCCACCUGUCCCACCCCCAACAUCACGCUCCUCAGGGCGCAGGUGCCACGGCUGGCCUCCAGGGGUCCUCGACCGCUCCUGGGGUCGUUCCCUCGAGAGCGCCCCCUAGCAUCAUCGGUGACUUAAAACGGGCGGAGCAGGAGUGGGCUGAGAACAACCCUACCAGAGCUCGGAGGCCAUGGUCGUCCAGCUCAUUUCUGAACAGUGAGUGGCUGAGCCUGACGGGAGGGCGGGCCAUGUCGAGGGUGACGGUGGAGACGCAGGUGUGUGAGUUCUGCCAGGCCGUGUUUCCCGGACACACCACCACGCGCGGGGAAUUCCUGCGGCACCUCACCUCUCACAUCACCUGACGGACAGGUGUUUUUUUCUUCUGUUUUCCACCACGUUGUCCAUGUUUGUAACGGUACUUCAGCUUGUGAUCUAAAAGUCCUCUAGUCUAGCGCACCUUUAACUGUAGCCUACACACAUAACUUUGUGAUCUAAAAGUCCUCUGGUGCAUCUUUAACUGUAGCCUACACACAUAACUUUGUGAUCUAAAAGUCCUCUAGCCUAGUGCACCUUUAACUGUAGCCUACACACAUAACUUUGUGAUCUAAAAGUCCUCUAGCGCACCUUUAACUGUAGCCUACACACAUAACUCUGUGAUCUAAAAGUCCUCUAGUGCACCUUUAACUGUAGCCUACACACAUAACUUUGUGAUCUAAAAGUCCUCUAGCGCACCUUUGACUGUAGCCUACACACAUAACUCUGUGAUCUAGAAGUCCUCUAGUGCACCUUUAACUGUAGCCUACACACAUAACUCUGCAGAGUAGUUGGCAUUGUGACACAGGUGUUUGUAAGCGCAUAAGUGGGUGCAAGCACAAAGCUUCAGACUGUAGUGCACUCUUCUACAUUGUCAUAAAACGUGCACUUCAAGGUGCAUGCAAGAGGGCAGGGAGUAAGUAAGAACGAUGUGAGCUCAUUCAUCAUGUGUAGUAUGUGUUCAGCACUGGGGUUCCCUGCUGCGCUGCCAACGGUCACCACUAGAUGGCAGGCGUAGACACGUGUGGAACAAGAGGCAAAAAAACUCAUAAGAUGAUCAUGUAGGAUUUGGUUUGAUAAUGCCUGCCUCUCAGGUACAUUUUGUGAAUAAUGACUAUAUGUACCAUUUCAUCUCUAGAAUGAUUUAAAAUUACUUAUGUUUUCUUUUCUCUUACUGACACAUUUAUUAUUGCCAUUUUCAGUCUUAUUCCCAUGAAUGAAUAUUUUGUUUUCUUUUUUCUUAAUCAUUCAUCAGUUUGUAAACAUUUUAAGUGUCACAUAAAUCCUACCUACAACCUA